AUGAACAAGUAUGCAUUGGCACCGCCGCAGCUUCAACACGUGGGUUUAAAAUCGAGCCGGGAUAAUCUCGACAUCAAUACACGCAGCACGUGGGCAUUUUGGUUCGAGACCAAUGAUCCAAUCAUACUGAGGGAGGAGCACCGGAGACUACUAGAAGACCAUGACGUGAAGAUGAUGCUGAAUUUGUCAACUACAGAGUAUAAAUGA